AUGGGGAAUUGUCAAGCAGCGGAGGCGGCGACGGUGGUGAUUGUGCAUCCAGGAUACAAAAUCGAGAGGAUUUACUGGUCGAUCAGUGCUCGUGACGUGAUGAACUCGAAUCCCCGUCAUUACGUCGCACAAGUCCUUAGGUCGCCGGUAGUGAGAUCGGAUAAAGGAUUGCCGGUGAAACAACUCAAACUUCUCCGGCCAGAUGAUACUUUGCUUAUCGGCCAAGUUUACCGACUCAUUAGCUACGAAGAUGUAUUGAAAGAAUUUGCAGCUAAAAAAUGCAUGAAACUGGGGAAGUUAUUGAUGGAAAGAGGAGUGAUUGAGCUGGGGAAGAAGAAGGACAACGCCGACGCUAUUUCUCCGGUGCCGAUUACCAAUCCCGUCAAGGGGGAGAGGAAUAGUAGGAGACGAAAUGGAAAUGGAAAUGGUGGUGGAGGACAAUGGAAACCAGCUUUAAACAAAUGUGGAAGGUGGAUCGAAGAUGAUGCUGAUGGGUACUAUAGGUGUUUUGUGGUGAAGAUGGAGGUGUUGUUGGAAAAUGGUGGUGGUGUUGGUGGUGAUGUAUAA